AGUACUUUAGGCUUAGAUCGUUCGUAAAAUAUCGGAAAUUCAUACCACUGGAUAUUAAUGUUAUUCUGUCUUACUAAAUUUGGCAUAAAGUUAUUAAGAUAUCAACUAUCUUGAGAUUACUCCUAAUUUCGUAUGAUAAUGUCAUUCUAUAUCGUAUCUUACAAUGAAUAUUUUCAAGUGUUUCAUACAGAUAACUCGAACAUGAUGUUUAAAUAUUGUAUAAAUCAAUACGAACGGUGACAUCAAUAAACAAGGUCGUAUUUUAAUCGGCGCGCUAUUGCAUGACAAAAAGUCUUCGCGCAGUGAGUCGAGCGAUACUCUGUUCAGAGUGCAAAGUACACAUUUAAAAUGUCUGUGAAAUCUAAGCUACUGAAAGCAUUGAUUUUAGGCGCUCCAGCAUCCGGAAAAGGAACUAUAUCGUCUCGUAUAGUGAAAAAAUACAAUAUUGAGCAUGUGUCUAGUGGAGAUAAGCUCAGGGACCACAUAGCAAAACAAACAGAACUGGGCAAAGAGGUUAAAGCAUACCUUGACGAAGGAAAACUUGUACCUGAUGAUUUAAUGAUUAAAUUCAUGAUAAAGGAAUUGAAGGAAGUCAACAACAAACCAUGGUUCUUAGAUGGAUUUCCGAGAACAGUAGAACAAGCUAAUGCUCUAUGGAAAGUUCAGCCUGUGGAUGUGGUACUUAAUCUUGUAGUGCCAUUUGAUGUGAUUAUAGAUCGGGUGAAAAGUAGAUGGGUGCAUUUACCUUCAGGACGGGUGUACAACAUUGGGUUCAACACACCUAAACAAGAAGGUAAGGAUGAUGUGACAGGAGAACCUCUAGUACAGCGACCUGAUGAUAAACCUGAAGCCGUAAAGAAGAGGCUAGAAAUAUACGAAAAUAUAACCAGACCUGUUAUUGAGUUUUACAAGCAAAAGGGUAUCCUAAAAGAAUUUGAAGGGCGCACAUCAGAUGAAAUAUGGCCAAAAGUCACAAAAUAUUUAGAUCCAAUUUUUAAAUAAAUAGUCUUAUUAGCUUAUAAGUUAUCAAAGUGGUGCUAAAUUUUUAUAAAUGUUUUACAAUUAUACUAGUUCAAUAUGCACAUAUUAUACAAUUUUAAAUAUUUUAAUACAUAUUGUGGAUGUCUUUUUCCAUUAUACUUUUGUUCAUAAAGUAACAAUUUCUGAAAUUUGUGAUAUUUAUUUCAAUGAAAUCUAGUGCACAAAACACCCAAACUCAACAGAUUUUUUUUGAAUAUUUUUGAAUAUUGAAAACAAACACGAGUUUAUACCAAGCCAAAGAAGAAUAAGAUGGAACCAAAUAUAUUGAUUUAUAUUGUUGAUUUAAAUCUAAGUAAUAUAAAAGUAUAGCUUCAAGUAGUAUAGUUGACAGUCUUCUGUUGUAGAAUUUAUAAUUGAUGUACUUAUAGUGGAAAUUAGGAUUUAGUCACGGUUCUUAGUCAAAGCAGUAAUGCUUGAAAAUAACUUCGUAGUAAUCAUAUAUUAAGACUGCUGGUCUGGCAAGUCCCUCUAUCUCUCUCUCUAAUUGCAUUAGAGAAAGAUAGAGGGACUAUGUUAAAAGAUAGUGAAUAAUUCAUGAUGCUUAAGGUAGUUUAUGGAGUUUGAUUAUCAUGUGCAUGCAUAUCUCAUAUUCAUCUAAAGUCAUAAUAGUUCUUUCUUACAUUCUUUAUUCCAUUUUACAAUAUUUGAUGUUUUUAAAAAUUCUUUUCAAGCCACGUCUGUCUGAAAUUGUAAAUUACGAAAAAACAAAACAGAAGUUAUACAGUGCUUAAUGAGGUCCAAUUAAUUUUUACAUUUGAGUCGUCUAUUAUCAAAGGUGGCAAUCUGUGCAUUUGGACAAAAAAAUGUUAUUGAUAUGGCAAUACAGAU